AUGGCCUCUUACUAUGGCCGUGGCACGCCGCUUGCGGCCUCUGUCACAUCUCCAAUCAUCGAGCAAGCGCAGACCAGACUGAGCCAGUCUGAGCGCAACUACUCCAGGACCCAGCAAGACCUCGAAAAUGCCAUGCGCAUUCGAGCAACAACACCAAUGUCGGCGAUGCAGCUCAACGCCAAAGACCAGGAGAUCGCAAUAUUGCAGCGGAAAUUGAGUGACCAGGAGGCGGAGAUGAAAGGCUUGCGGGACACAAUCGAGAGACAGCAAAAGACCAUAAAGACCCAGAGUGAGGCCAUCUCCAAUCCCAAGCAACACUAUGCCACGCCAACGCCUGGCCGUUUCGGAGGCAACCAACCGUAUGGGGCACACCCGAACAUUCAGCCACCUCCUCCACCUCCUCCACCGAUCUUCGCCACAGGAAAUGCCGUCCCCUACACACAGCCUCGUCCUGCCAUCACUGGACCUCUCCACCAGCAGCCCGGAAGCACUCCUUCGCCUUUCGAUGACUCCAUGGCCCAGCAGUUCUCGGCUCUCUCUGUCAACCAACCUCAAGGUCCACAGAUGCAGCACCCACAGCCGACACCAUUCCGACAGUCUGGUCACGUCAACGAGUUCGGUUCUCCUGAGCCAAUAAGACCAUACAAUACCAAUCUGGCCAUCACAUCCACUCCCAUGGGCCCCAGCAGAGGCAACAGUGGAACGCCAGCUUUGGCUUCGGCAGGCAGGAUGCACACACGAGGGAUGCCCAGCACUAUCAUGCAGCAACCACAAAUGCCAGCUUUUCAGCCCAUCUCAAUGGGCCCAGGCAUAGAUCUCGUGGUUCCAGAGGCGGUCAGUCACAAGUUUGCCCAUGUGCUUCACAUGGCACAACAAUACGCGUACUCUCACGUCAACACGCCAAGCACGCAGAAGGACAACGGCAUGCCACAGGAGGUAAAGGACAGACUGAUGAGAGCUGCAUCCACGACUUCGGCGUUCCAGUUCAUGCAGACUCCAUACACGCGGUAUCUGCUCGUCUACAAGAUCAUUGUCCAGUUCAUGAUCAAGACCAUCCUCAAGCAUGACUGCUUCGCCGGAUUCGACAUAGAGGCUGACCGUGUCAUCGAACACUGCAAGAACCAAAUGUAUCAGACUACGCCAGCCCAGGUCAAGUACCAGCUGCUCACCACCAUGGCGGAUCAGAUCCAGAGGCUCAAGACCAAUCUCAACUUUCAGACCUUUGUCAACAACAUUGCACGUACCCGCGGCAACGAAAUCUGGAGGGUCCUCAAGCCGAUGAUGCACUCCAAGACAUCACGGGACUGGGAUGACUUGUACGAACUGAUGAUCAACGCGCACCAACUGGCGCAGAUGAUGUUCUCUGGCUCGGAAGAAUACAAGUUCGACUUUCCAACGAUGGGACAGCUGUUCAGCAAGGAUUGGAUGGAGCUGCGGGAUCCAUUCAAGAAUGUGCACACGCCGGAGCAGUUGGAAGCAAUGGGAGCCACUGUCAGGCUUGGGUUUUCACCGUGCAUCAGUGUGCGAACCAGCACACCAGGAGGACUUGUGAAGUCGUGCACCAUUCUGAAGGCAUUUGUGUUGAUCAAGGCAGACAAGUGA